UUAUAAGUUAAGUCUUAGUUUUUCAUAAUAUUUAUAUUUAUUUUUAUUACAUCUUUAUUUUCAUUAACAGAAAUUAUUUUAAGAUUGUUUCAGUUAAUAACAACACUGGAAAAUUGGACUAUUAUAUUAUUGGUGAAAAAUUUUAUUCUCCACCCAUGCGGUCUUGGUUAUUUCAGAAAAAAUGAAAGAAUUUUCAGAGAAAUCUGUCAUAAUUUGAAAAACUUGGAAUAACAUUCACUUAUUAAUUGUGGACACUAAGACCAGAUGCAUUUAUUAAAGUUAAAUUAUGAUGUAUAUAGGGUCCAGUUUGAUUUCAUGUUGUCUUUGAAAGCAGUGGAUUUAGCAAAGCCCUGAUUAUUGCCGUAAAUUUUGCCAAAUCAAGUCCAUCUGUCAUAUUGACCUGUACUUGUACAGCCAGUGCAGUGAUGAGAGCCAGAGUGCCCUGCCUGUCCCUGUACAGUCAAAGUCACUUGGAUCAAAAGCUCAGGCACCGACAGAUGAAGAGGAUUAUGGUCAUUGUUUUCUCCAGCCCUUUUCUUUUCCUUUGUGAUGAAUCAUUUAUACAGGCCCCUAGCUGCCACUUUUGUUCAGUAGUAUCUUGUUCCACAAGUUAUGGAUCAUGGUAUUUAUCAAUUUCGCCGAUUUAUGCCAGUGUUUCCUGCAUAAUUCUGUUUUUUACUUUGGCCUAUAAACAUGCUAAAUAAUAACCAGUACUAUUUUUGCACCAGUUUUAGUCAUUUUUGUAAUCAGUAAUUUAGGUCUCAUGAAUAUGGAACCCUGUUUCCGCUUUGUCUUGCGUCAGCCGAGCAACUCCCAUUGAGAUGAAUUGGGAUGCUAAAGGAUAGCUUUCUCUGGUAAUUAUAGACCUCAUUGAGUGCAGUCGGUAAGGACAAAGUUGCAUAUGUGUUGUCUAUUUAGUUUCUUUUUUCCAGGCACCAUUUUUUUUCUAAUCACAUUCAGUUCAGGACUGCAAGCUCACAACUCUGCUAAAAUAUGAAAUUGUUUUGCCACGGGGCUUGAACAUUUAGCAGCGGUGCAGCUGUGCAGGAAACAUUGGCUGUCAUUCUCGUAAUCCCUUUGUAUUUUAUGAGCUCCUCUUGUUGUAAUUAUGUCUAGCAAACUUGUCAGUAAAUCUGCUGAAGAUCUACAUUUGUGAUUGUGUUAGAGUAGACUCGGCGAUGAUAUCCUUCCAGGGGAAUGAAAUCCCCCCUCCCGGAGUCUCUUAAUUUGUUCCUGUUUGUUGCACCAUGUCAGCUGCUGUGAGGGAGGGUCCUGGCUAACUGAAAUGCCUGGCAACUGUAACCAAGGGGCAGGCAUUGCUGCGCUUGGGCACUGGUCUGUGUAAGUGACUUGAAGCAGGAAGGGAAACGAGAAUGAGGGAUAAUAAAACAGGGAGCUGUAGGAGACAACAGGGAGAGAUGGAAAUCUUUGAUUAUUUUUGAAUGGGGAAACAUCUUCAGGCUGUGCAGGAAGAAGAGGAUAAUGAGAAAAGAGGGAGAACAUUGGAAAGAAGGAAGGAGAGAGCGAGAGAGAGAGCAGUGUGCUGCGAGGUGUUGUGUGAGAAAGAAGACCUCAGGUGCCGCCAAAAGGGGAGGGAGGAGAGUUGGAGAGAUAGUGAGAGGGGAAGGGAAGGAGGGAGCGAAUGUGAUCGAGAGGCACAGUGAAAGAGAGAGCGAGACUGCGAAGGGGGAGAGGAAACUGUGAGCCACUCAGCAUCUCUAAGCACCAGCAGUGAGGGGCUGCUCGCUUUUCCUCGGCUCAUUUCUGCUUUGCCGCACGGUUUGGAUUAGAUCUGUUCAAAGUCUUACUGUUCACACCUUUUUAACUGCCUCAAUUUUGAAUUCUUAAUUUCAAAGUGCGUUUUGCACUCUGCAUUCUCGACGGGAACUGCUGUCAACCUGCUUUGCCUCACAGGUCGCAGAGAGCUGACAAGGACAGUAGCGAUACGCAGAUCUUUCACUUUUGUUAACAGACUGAGUAUUUCAGAGGAGACUUUCUUACGGAAUGUGUCACAGGGACGUUGGUGAAGAGACGACGAAGUCUACCUCAGAAAGAAAGAAGCUGGGCAUGUACAACUAAUCAGAUGCAGAGACUGGCAUGCCAUGUGAUGUACAAAGCUUUGGACAGAACAGUUGAUGGAAACUGAGAACAUGUGGAAUGCAGACAGGAUGCCCAGAGCAUGCUGUCCUGAUACUAUCUGAGGAGACAUCUUCAUGUAAGCAGCUAUCUCUUUCAGAAAACACAGGUCUCUCCUUUUUUUUACGUGCCCUGCUUUUAUCCGAUAUGCAUUGUAAAGUUCAUGAAAAGUGAAUGGAUUGGGAGAAAAGAAGACCAAAGCCAUUGCUGUGGCCCCCCCAGAACCUGGUCUUGAAAUUUUGAUUAGUUCCGUUUUGCCACAGACUCCUGUAGGCUAUGUGCAGCGCUCUGUGCAGUGAUAGCUCUGGCAACUCUCAUAUGCUGUCCUGUGUUUGUCUAGAGUGUCUGUCUGUGUUUUCAUUCGGACUAUAGAAACCCAAAGGGGGUUGAUUCAGUGGCCAAGAGGUCCCCAUUCCAGAAGGAAAACAUGGUGCAUAUUAUUGUUCUGUGACAAGCUAAUAUGAUUGGAUUUUUUGAGACAUUUUGCAAUGCUUGAAAUUCAAGUUUUGUGGGACUCAGGAGUAGGAAACCGUUUGAUCUUCGUGUCCUUAUCCAACAACCCCUUCUCCUAUCCUGCACAUUUUACCCUUGAGAGGACAACUUAAGGAAUUGGUUGACUUCAUUGCGGAUGCUGUGGACAAUUUUGACAUCUGGCCUUCAGCACAGACAUGCAAACCUUUUGUGAUUGUUCCUGUAUCCUGCAGUGUUAGUUUGUGGAGGAAAUAUCUCUGUCUGAUAAUUACCGAACUGCUCCUAAGCAUGACUGAUUUCAGAAGAGCGCUGGGCACCUUUUUUUCUUCUCCUUACGGACUGUAUUGAUUUUCGCCAAUGCUCAUUUCAUUGAGAUCCAGCCAUGUGAAAGACCGAGGUAAAGGGGAAAAGACAGAAGAUUGAGUGCUGGAAGAGAUUACUGAGAAGGCACAGACACAGGAUCACGUUACAGGCCAUCUCUGCUGCAUUUAGGACAAGGUCCGGGACAAUGAACCGGUCAGGGCUGAUCGAACCAGUCCCCACUGCGAACGGCAGCCUUAGCAGUCACUUUAGCGUGUCUCUAAACCACUCCUGCCCCCUAAGCUGGGCACAGAACAAAGCCGUGGAGGCUUGCGUCUUAGAGACUGCGGUCAUCGUGUUGCUGACAGUACUCAUCAUCGCCGGGAAUUUGACAGUAAUCUUUGUGUUUCAUUGUGCCCCGUUGUUACAUCACUACACCACCAGCUACUUCAUCCAAACUAUGGCUUAUGCGGAUCUGUUGGUGGGGCUAAGUUGCCUGGUUCCCACCCUUUCACUACUCCAUUACCCAGCUGGUGUCCAAGAGCCAAUCACCUGUCAGGUGUUCAGCUACGUCAUCUCUGUGCUCAAGAGUGUUUCAAUGGCUUGUUUGGCUUGCAUUAGCGUGGACCGCUAUCUGGCUAUUACCAAACCUCUCUCCUACAACCAACUGGUAACACCCUGCCGUCUUCGUUGCUGCAUCAUACUCAUAUGGAUCUACUCUUGCGUAGUGUUUCUCCCUUCUUUCUUUGGCUGGGGUAAGCCGGGGUACCAUGGGGAUAUCUUUGAAUGGUGCGCCCAUUCUUGGCCAACAUCUGCACUCUUCACUGGCUUUGUUGUUUGCCUGCUGUACGCCCCUGCGGCCCUAGUGGUCUGUUUUACCUACUUCCACAUCUUUCGCAUCUGUCAGCAGCACAACCGAGAGAUCAGUGAGCGACGGGCACGCUUUCCCAGCCAGGAGAUGGAAACUGCUGAAGGCGGCAACCACGCAGGUCAUGGGCCAGAUCGGCGGUAUGCCAUGGUGCUUUUUCGCAUCACCAGUGUCUUCUACAUGCUGUGGCUCCCCUACAUUUUUUAUUUCCUUCUGGAGAGCUCCCAUGUGCUGGACAGCCCUGCCCUCUCCUUUGUGACCACCUGGUUAGCAAUUAGCAACAGCUUCUGCAACUGCGUCAUUUAUAGCCUGUCCAACAGCGUAUUCCGGUUGGGGAUGCGUAGACUCUCGCAGACGCUCUGCUCCUCCUGCUCUUUCAGCCCCUGCACUCAUGAUGACAAGGACUUUGGAGAGCCAAAGCCGAGGAAGAGAGCCAACUCCUGCUCCAUCUGAAGAUCUGCAGAGGGUUACUUGGAUCAGUCUUACGCUGCUAAAUGUUGUUGCAAAGGAUCUGACCCAGAUUUUAAUGCAAAUUGUAACUUGAACUGAAAUUAUACAGUGAUUGAAGAAACUAUCCACAGUGAGGAUGAAGUUGUCUAGUAGUCAUGUGAUCUACAUUUCUUCUAAAUAUUAAGAUGACACCUGCCUUGGUCCUGUAAAUACCACUGAACGGUCAUGGGCCACAACCUAUUUGACAACCUAGAGAUAAGCAGUUUAGAGCAUUUGUGAGAAAAAUAUCAACAAGACAAAGCCAGGGGGUGGGUUCAAAGCUCUUGCUUGUGCUAGCUCUUUCUAAAUAUCGAGCACACUUGCUAUUACCCAUGUUGCUGGUUUGGUUGUUUUGAUAUUUUAAUUAGUUUUGUGUAGCAGCUGAAACUAUAAAAAACAGUUGCGUUUCAAAAGAUUGAGAGCUUAAAGACCUUGUUAACUAGUUAAUUUUAGCGAAGGUCUUCUCCUAGUGGCUUUUUAUGGUACAGUGUGUUUUGAAUCUUAAAUAAACACAGGCAAAUCAUGUCAAAAGCGAUGUAGCAAAGGACAAACAGCUUGGUCUGUCUUUAUUUUUUCAAACUCUUCUUUCUAGAUCUGAUCUUUUUGUAGGAAAUCUUGAAAUACCACAUGCGCACAAUAUCAACAAAUGCCUGGAAUAGUUGUGGACUGUAGUUUAGAUCCCCAGUGGUGUAAAGCCUUAGCUGUUUGUAAUUAGACCUAUUUGCCUGCAGUGACCCUUUGAGAAACAUGCAACACAGCAUGUUUUAUUUUUUAAUUUAUAUUUUUGCCAAAUCAGCUUUAACUUAACUUGACGUUCACAUUACCUUCAGCUGAUAUUUUUUCACUCACUUUAAUGUGUGAAUGUCCAAAACUUAUUUUCUUUGUCUAAAGUCUAAAUUAAUUAAUCUUUCAUUAAAUAUUUUCAGUUGCAUUUUUAGUUUUAUUUCAAAAAUAGGUCUGUUAAGUAAUUUAUUUAUUUUUUAAGUGUUUUUUGAGUUUUAAAUGAGUGAUGGUAGAAUUUAAUUGAUUUCACAUUCAAAUACGUGUACAUUUUACAGCUAUUUUUGGCAUGCAAGCUGCAGAAAAAACAUGCAUGCACAAAUUAUGUAUUUUUUUAUUUUAUUUUUUUAUUUUUUAUGUUCUGUUUUGUAAGAUUAGUGUAUACCAGUGGUUCUCAAACCUGUCCUGGAGGACCCCCAGCCCUGCACAUUUUGUAUGUCUCC